AUGUCUUGGGACGGCUACCUCGAUGCGAAUAUCGCAACCGGUACCUUGAUCGACAGUGCCAUGAUUGUUGACCAAACUGGACAGGCUGUAUGGGGAAAGUCCGCCAAGAUUGAGUUGACUCCCGAACAAAUGAACGCCAUCGCUUACACCUUCAACGACCCGACCAAUGCUCAAACCCAUGGUCUUCAUUUUGGAAGCAAACGAUAUGUUUUCAACAAGAUUGAAGAACUUCAGGGUAUCCCAGUUAUGCUCUCUAAAUCGGGUAAGGAAGGGAUUGUCGCGGCAAAGUGCAAAGCAUCCAUUCUCAUUACGCAUUAUCCCGAGACCGCUACUGAGGGUGAAGUCAUCAAUUUCAUUUAUGGACAAGCAAAAUACCUCAUUCAGAACAAUCUUUAA